AUGCCUGACGUUACACCAGACAAAGACACAGACAAGGGCCCGCUGACCCUGCAGGCCAGGAUGACGUGCUGGAGUGAAGACAACGGACACACCAGUGCAUCCUGGCAGUUUAGCUUCAAUGGAAAACUGUGUCUUCUCUUUGAUUCGGAGAAUGGACAUUGGACAGUGGUUCAUUCUAAAGGGAGGCGGAUGAAAGAGAAGUGGGAGAAUGACAGAGCUGUGACUGACUUCUUCAAGAAGGUCUCCAUGGGAGACUGUCGGCUCUGGUAUCAAGAUUUCUUGGUGCACUGGGAGAAAAUGUUGAAGAGCACGGCAUCACCGACCACGGGCCCCCCUGCAGUCCAGCCCACGGUCACAGCCAUCAUGUCUAAAGCCUGGAUCCUCCCCGUGGUCCUCACCAGUUUCUUCAUACCUGUCUUCGUGGGCUGUGUCCUUUCCAGGAAAAGGAGCACAGGCCUGGCCUCGCCCCUUCCCACAGUCUCUGCUGUGGGGCUCCUGCCUUGCCUGCUUGGCCCAAGCCGCUUCCUGUGA